GUGUUUCACUGGAGAGGGUCAAAGUGAAUCUACUAACUAGGAAAUUACAGUACUGUAAAUUAAAAGUGUGAAGCGUAACACGAAGAAAUUGAUUUUCCUGUAAAGCUGUUAGUCAAAUAAAAAAAUCGCUUAAAGUAAGGUAAAAAAGUUGCUUUAAAACAUGUUCUGUAAUUUUAACAUUUUCUCGUGAUUUUGUUAGAGAAUAGUCCAAUUAUAAUUCUUGAAAAUUGGAUUUGGAAAUAAGGCGUCCAAAGUUAAACUUAAACUGAAACCGGUACGAUCCAUCAGCCCAUUCCAACUCAACAGAUUUUACAUAAAAAUACUUAGGCUAAAAUCUCCACAUUUGUGGGGAUUAUAUUUACGAAAUGGCUAUUCAGACGUGAGAGGUUGAGAUUAAAAAAUAUUAAAAAUAAUAUUGUCGGGCUUGUACUUGUACUGUAUCCACAAGGCUGGGACUAUUCGCACCCGGGUAUCAGAAGUGAGAGGUUGGGAUUAAAAAAACGAUGUAAAAUAUUAUAUAUUAUUAUAUUGUUGGGUUUGUAAGACAACUUGAGUUAUCAAAUGAAAGAUAAUUGAAUGGACUAUAUGUCUUUAAACUUACUUCUUCAGUUUAACUAAAAUAAACUACCACAAAUGACGUUCGAAUGGGAUUUAGUCUAAAGGGACCUGGGUAAGCAUAUCCACUAUUAGCAAGGAUGGUGCUAUUCAUAAUUUUCAGGUUCACUCAGAAUAAUGAUCAUGCUAAAAAAUGUGACAGAUGUGAUGUCGUUAUUUAAACAAGUGAAUACAGCCAAAGUGUUGAUACUAAACUUUUCAACAAAUCGCCCAAAAAAAUAUGUCAUGGUGAAUGACCAAAUAUUAACUAGAGAAAUAAGUACUGAGGCUGCGUUCUCUCCACUGUCCUGCAUACAAUAUAUACGAAUGAUACACUGUUUCAAGCAUUAAAUUUGUUGAUGAUUCCAAUAUCGGUGGCUGAACUGAUGAACUACCAUAAGCCGCUGGGAGUUGCGGGGCGUUUCUUUUAUGAUGGCCAUGAGCCACUGGUAGCGCUAACGUUUGUAUCAUAGUCAACGUGACCUAGGUUUUUCAAUCUGGUAGCUAAUCAGUUAAUAUCUGAAUGGUAAAGCUCAUAACGCAUCUUAGUUAUAAUUACACGUUUUAUUAGGUGCAGUGAAAAUUUUCUCCAAUAAAUGUCUAAAAAACUUUGAAAAUGGUUGUCCAUUUCCGGAGGGGGAAUCAUCCAUUUGCAGCUCUCACAAUAAAAAAUCACAGUAUAGAGCAAUUAAAGACAUAUAAGUGCCUAGGUGUCACUAUUAAUAAAAAGCUAACAUGGCAUGGCAUGAUCAUGACCACAUUCUGUAUAAAAAAAGUCAACCAAAGACUUUUCUAUCUUUAAACAAAGUGUACAAUUUUGGGGUAAAUAAGCAAGUUAUUAACUUAUUCUACAGUGCAGUAAUUGGAAGCUUACUGAACUUCAGUAUUAUUAACUAUUAUUUAUCAUCUGACAUUAAACACAUAUUAAAUAGAAUAAUCAAGAAAGCUAUCAAACCAACUAAACAUCCUUCAUUUGCAAAACAAAUUGAAAAAAAAUGCUGCUUUGAAACAAAAACAGUUUUUGAUGAUACAUCCCGCUCACUUCACCACAGAUAUCUAAGAUCAGGUUGAAUUCUUGCUCUUUAAGUUAGAACUGAAAGGUAUAAAAAUUAUUUAGCUCCCCAGUCUCUACAAAUUAACCCACAUGCUCCCGCAGCAGUUACCAUAUCUAAAUUAUCACUAAUUAAGUCAUUAUUGUUAUUUAAGGAAGUUCAUUGAUGGCUGAUUUCUAAUAUGAACAUGUAAACCAAUUUCUAUUAUGAACAUCCAAACAUAACCCAUGUGUACUUAUGCAUUGUCUCCAUUUUCAAUUGUCUUGCUUUCACACGUUUUGGUUAAAUUUACACACUAUUUCUCAAGGUUUAUUGGCAGCCCCCACUCUCAUGUUGUUUCGUCCUGCUUUGAGAAAGACAUAUUGCGAUAGCAGACUGAUUAGCCAGUCUAAAUAGCUAGUCAUAUACAAUUCAGGAUGUUAUUUGAAGCCAGCGCAGAAUACCAUGUGUUAACUUAUUUGCCGGGGUUAUACAGUUUAGUCCCUAAAAACCCUUUGACAAGAUUUGUGGUAUUUUCCAGGGCCAGCGCUGUUCUAUGGUUCACUAUUCAAAGGUUUCAUUGUAUUUAUAAGAUAAUAGGACUAAUUGUAUCAUCAUGAAUAAUCCUAUAUACUAUCAUAGUGGCCCAGUGACUGCUAGUCUAUCAAUGCACCCAAUAAUCUAGGACUAUGGCAUGUUAUUAAAUUUAAUAGGUUCAUUUAGUCAGUAAAUGCUAUUUAAUUUUUUAAGAAUAUUUAUUUCAUUGAAUAUAAAAAUAAGUAUUGUUGUUUUGUGUAGGACAAGGAUAAUACCUAGUGUAUCUAACAAAAACCAAAUCGAUACAUAUUUUAGAUUACAGAUUGAUGCUGAUAGUCUCCAUAAUCUCAAUAUUGUAAUUCAGAACCAACUUAUGUUCUGUCUAGCAGUUGUUAAAGGUGGAUCACCAGUUCACAGAUAUUUGAAAGAAGCUUCACAAUGGCCGGCACAGUUGUUGUUGCUGAUCAAAACUACCUUAGACCAGGUUUAAGCUUAAAGCAGACACACCUGCAGCAGAUAUGCAAUCUCAGUGUUGAGUCACAGGAGAGGGCCUACCGUAUGACUAAUAUCAUUUGUACAGUUGGUAAGUUAAAGUAAUAUUCCAUGUUUUGCUUGGCUUUAACGAUAACUUUUAAACUUUACAGCUUAGUCUGGGAAAAAAAUUUUAAGAUUUUAUAAUAUACAUACAAUAUUAUUGGCCCCAAAAAAAAGGUAUAAAUUUUUUAAAACUUAUUCUAUAAUAAUAUAAGAAAAAUGUUAGUGAUGCUCUUUUAAGGUUAUCUUCCAGUUGGAAGCCUUUUAAAUUUAUUCUUUAAUACAUUUUUCUUCCCGAUGAUUUCUCAGGACCAUCAUGUGACAGUGUUGAUAUGCUGAGACAGCUCAUAAAUAAUGGGAUGAACAUCUGUAGGUUCAACUUGGCCCAUGCGAACCUUGAUGUAAGUUACUUUGUUUAGUGUUGUUAAAUUACAAUCAUGAAUUUGAACAAUAAAUUUAGAAUGUAUUAUUUAUGAUAACUUUUUUUUUAAUGCUGUUGUAGACCUCAAUUAAUUAAAUUAAUUUUUAACUUUUUAUAUUAUAGUUUGUAAAAAAGAAUAAUGAGAAAAUUGUUCAGUGCUGAACCAUUUAAGAAGUAAAUACAUUGUUUAUUUGUUUUUGCUCUCCUUUAAAUUCAAGUAUCAUCUUCAAACACUCCACAACUUGCGAGCAGCUUUUGCAGAGUCCAAAAAUACGGCACAUUCCAUAGUUGCAACAGCCAUUGACAUCUCUGGACCUUGUAUUCGAGUUGGAGCUUUUAAGAAGGUAUUUAUGCAUUUCAUUAUGGAUCUAAUCUUGCAUUUCUUUUAAAGAGCUAUGCUGAAAUUUUUUUAAAUAUUUGGGGUUUCCUUUAAUAGUCUUUGACUUUGUUUCCAAAAAAUGUAAAAUUCCAAAUUUGUGGUUUAAUGUAGUUAUCCUCAAUUUUGCUGACUUGGAAAUAAUGUGAUGAACUUAAAAUUCAUAUUUUAAUAACUCUUUUAUUCAACUUUCUUUUUGCGUGUAUAGGAUCUCAAGCAGCCUAUUAAGCUCAGUCAUGGUCAGAUGGUGACACUGACCAGCGAUGAAGCAUUCAAAGAGCUUUCAGACACAGAGAAUGUUUACGUGCCCCAAAGCUUUGUCAAGAUUGCCAAUAAAAAUGACCAAAUUUACAUAGAGGAUGGACCACUUUGUUUUGAAGUUCAAGAUAAAGGCAAGCACCAUCAGUGUUGAGUAAACAUACAUUUUAAUGUCACAUAUUGGUUGAAUCAGCUAGAGUGUUUCGUAAACAUCAUGUCAACAGAGGGUGGGCUCAGCGGGGUAUCACAGAUAUGAAAACAUUUAUCUUCACUGCAGGUCUGUUCUGAUUUCAUAGAAUCAUUUGGCUGCAAUGUUUAUAUCCUGUGUGUACUAAUAAAUGGGUAUUAAAUGGGUAUUCUUAGUAAUUACACAACUUGAGGGAUAAUGAAUUGAAUAUCCUUAAGUUCCUAUUCUUUGGAUUUAAUUUUUUUUAAAUUUAAUGUUAAUGGCAGAUCCUGCAGCAUCAUAAUUAUUAAUAAUUCUUGUAUUAUAGAUAUAUGGCUGUAACACUUUCUUCAAAAGCCGCGCAAAGUAAAAUUCCCAGAUGUCAGCACUAAUUGAGUUUUUUUAUAAAGUGCCUUACUUUAAUGCAUGCUUUGUUAAGUAACUUGAGUAGGUGGGAAGUUCGCGAAUUGCUGCCACCAUUGCUCGGCCGAUUAUUUCUAGAUGUGUUACUAGACUUGGUGUUUGUCAAGUAACUUUAUGUGAUGGGAAGCUCAUGCAUUGUCGCCACGAUUGUUUGGUGGUUUUUUUUUUUUUGUGAGCGUUAUCAUAUAGUAUUUUAAACAUACUUUUAAAACAUCAGGGUACACAUCUUGCAAGUUGGCCCGCCUUGCAUGGGGUGUUAAGAGAAAUUAACUCUGUCCUCAGAUGACGUUGCAUUGAGAUGUUCAGUUGUUAAUAAUGGUGAGAUCUGUGACUUCUAUCAAUGUCAUAUACCCAUGAAGCUUCCAGUUGAAAACCCAGAGCUGACCGAGAAGGAUAAGAAGGAUCUGGAGUUUGGAAUCGAACAUAAUGUGAGGACCUUGUGUUAAUUUUUUUUCUUCUCGCUAAAUGAGUUUCUAUUCCAACAUAAUGUUAGGACCUAGGGUUGAUUUUAUCUUGGUUAAUUUCAUUUUAAAGUUCAUUCAGGAGACCCACGAUUAAAAGAAUCAGCAGUGAUAGUUUUCUAACAUUCAGAUUCCAAGUUCAAACACGAGCACCGCCUACCACUCAUGCUAUCUCAUAGAUAAAAAUUAAGUUACCUUACAUUUACAUUUACAUUAACCCUAUAACUGUCAUAACGGCCCAUAAGCAGCUGUUAUACCCCUUUAUGUGGUGUCGCUUCCAAUAUAAUCAGGGGUUAGCAAAAUUGUCAUGAAAAUGCGAAUUGAUUUAAAUUACAUUAUUUAAUGGGAAAUCACUCUGUAUAAAUGAGUUUGCUUUCUUUUUCCCUUAGUAUCAGUGUGUUUACAUGCUUUUAUCAGGGACUUUUUUUGUGAUUAAUAGGAUGUUAAAUUUUCUCAAAUUUUUUCACCGACAUAAUAUCUGAUACUGAAGAGGGCCCCCCUUUUGGAUUUCAAAAUUAACACAGAAAAUUAAAAUGAAAGCAAAUAUAUCAGAGAUAUUCCUUGUGCUAGUAAUGACAGCAUAGGCUCUAGCGGUGUUGUCGAGAUAAGAGUCAGAUAUUGACAAUUUUAUCCCUAAGCUUAGUCGUAUUGUUACAGACAAAUUCAUUUGGGAAAGGGCAGAAAUCAAAUAGAAAAAGACACAGAUUUGAUCACAAAGAUCUACCUAUAAGAUAUUUAUGUUUGUAUAUGAUCUGGAGCAUUAAUUAAUAAAAAAUGGAUUUAAUAACUUAAAUGAAAAUGAAAUUUUAAGCUCAUUUUGUGCCUUCCUCCAUUGUAUUUUUUUAGAUAGAAAUUUGAAGGUAGCGAAUGAAAAAAUUCACCAAUAUAAAAAUUGUUCAUAUAAAUAACUAUAAAUUGUCAUUUUCUGAAAGGAUAUUGGUUCUAGUAUAUAAAAAACUUGAUUUUAUGAUAGUUUGAACAAUUUAUGGAGUAUAUGGGGUGGGUUGAAUUCAGAAGUUGAGUAGUAAAGUUUUUACUUUACUCACUCUGUCAAGGUCAAUAUCAACAUACAUAAUAUAAAAACAAAUUCUUUUCAUACCAAAGGAUACCUUGUCCAAUGUACUUUCAGAAAAUGUAUACCUGUAAGUGUCUCUGAAUUCAUUUAGUCAGGGUUUUUUUUCCUUUUUGACAAGUAUAUGAAAAUUCUAAAAAUGGCUUGACACUAGAAAUUUGUUCUUGACAGUUACAGGGUUAAAAGAAACAAAAAUCAACAGUAUAGUGUGUUGAUGGUUCAAAUCAAUUUUGUUAUUGCCUAGAUUGAUAUUGUUCUUGUGUCAUGGGUAUGGUGCCCUGAGAUCAUCUUAGCCGUGCGUGCACAGCUGGGAGAGGCCAACUCGAGGAUGAAGGUUAUAGCUAAAAUAGAAAACUAUGAAGGGGUGAAGAGGUAAGUCAAGCUUAUUGAAGUGAAUUAGUGAUAAUGAUAAGUUUUUUUUUUGCAUUAUUUAACUAAUCCUUAUUUUAAAAAAUUAUAUAUUCAUGUUUAGAGUUGAACGUAUUUUCAUCAGGGACAAAAACUUUGUCUAUGAUAACGUUUAAAUGUUGUGUCUGGCUUUUAAAAUGGACUUAUAUUCAGCAUAUUUUUUUAUUUGGGAAGGCUUAGGAUCAAUAAAAUAAUCUUAUCAUUAUUACUUGAUGCUAGAUGUCUAUCAAAUCAUCCAAAUUAAUUUUAAAGAAUAGUGUAUUGUAAGAAAAAAAAGAUCUAAACUGUUUAAAAUACUUAAAUAAUUUAAUUGAUUUUGAUAUAAAAAUUACUUGUGUUUUCCAGAAUUGAUGAAAUUAUUCAAGUGGCUGACGGCAUUCUAGUGGGUCGUGGUGACCUAGGCAUUGACAUUCCUCCUGAGAAAGUAUUUUUAGCUCAAAAAAUGAUUAUUGGUAGAGCCAAUUUGGCAGGAAAACCUGUUAUUUGUGCGGCUCAGGUAAACACAAAAUAAAUUGUACGAUAAUGUUUUUUUAACCACUUAGAUUAGUUUAUUAGCUCAUUACCUCGACUGUACCACUUCUGUACAAAGUCCAUAUUCCUAAACAAAGGGAUGUAGCUCAGAUUUUCAAGUGAACUGUAUGUGUACAUCAUUUGUUUUUAAACACUAGAAAUUAAUUUUUUAAAAAUAGGGACUAAUGAAAACAGAAGUGCAUAAGGUAUACGAAAAUAUAACAUUAAUGGCAAAAAAUUGCAAACAACAUAAUAAGAUUUUUGGCACAUGCUAGAGUAUAAGAGUUGCCUCUCUUACAACCCUUUGGAAGAAAAACAAAACAAGCUUAUUGAAAUCACACAGAAUCUUGCCAUCACCAGAAGUUUCAGAGGACAAGUUGUUUUGUUUCCACUUAUUAGUUGCAAUGAGAGAAUGUGUCAGAGUGGAUCAGGACACAUCAAGUUGCAUCCUUCAGGACCCUUGAAUGACACAUUUAGUUGUACUGUAUGGAGGAGUUAAUAGUUUAAUAGGAGUUCUCUAUAUUUCUAGCACUGAAGAUGUUAAGGAUGUGUAUUAUAUUUGGCUCUAGAGGCGGAUAAAGGAAAAAGAGCAUUCAACGCUAAAAGAGUUGGUAUAUGGUGAUUUUUUUAACCAGUUCAUCCACUCUUCCUCCCCCCCCCCCCCCCCCAUUCUUAGAUGUUGGACAGUAUGGUGACAAAUGCCAGACCAACUAGAGCAGAGGCUAGUGAUGUUGCCAAUGCCAUUUUGGAUGGCACUGACUGUGUCAUGUUGUCAAAGGAAACCGCAGUGGGGAAACAUCCUGUAGCUGCCUGCAGUAUGCUUGUGCAGGUAGGUUAAUCUCUUGUUACUCCAUCAUAUAUGUUGGCAAUUAUUUUUGAGCGAAAUGAUAGUACUUCAAUGUGAGUGAAGUUAUAGUACCUCAAAGCAAGUGAUUUUUAUUCACUGUAAAGCAGAUUCAAUCUGUGUUCUAUUUUCGCCUGGUCUUAUAUUAUAAUUCUUUAUAUUUGAACAUUAGCGACUGUUUUCAUAUAAUGAAAUGUUGAAGACACAGUGAUCUGAAUCGUUUCAUCAAACAGAGUUUUUUUUUAAAAAUUAGGCUUUGUUUCCUGAAAUAGAAUUUAAAGAGUAUCUUUAAACAAUUUUCAAACACCUUUCAAAAAUAAUAUUUUCUUCCUUUUGUUAAGUAAUGUAUCAAAGAGUUUCAUUGUAAAGAUCUAUGUUCCUGCAGAUUUGCACAGAAGCGGAGAAUGCUCUGUUCCACGCCAGGAUGUUUCGAGAUCUCCGGCAGGCAACACGAAUUCCCACUGAUAAUGUUCAUGCUACAUCUAUCGCUGCUGUGGAGGCAGCCCUGAGGUGCUCUGCAGCUGCCAUUAUUGUAGUCACCAACUCGGGCAGGUAAAAACCAAGCAAUGUUUGAUUCAAUGUUAGGGCUUAUCUUAAAAGAAAUUGUGUUGUUUUUUUUUCCUGAUGUCAAGAAAGUUCUAAAAUGGUCUGUAAUAUAAAAUGUGCUUGUUAAUUUAUCAAAGUUUGACACUGGAAAACAUAAAGGAAAUAAACACUUAUAAAUUUAAAUAAUUUAUAAACCCCGACAAUAUUAUAAUAAACACAAAUUUUUAGCUUGGGGCCCAACUCGUUUAAGUUGUAUUGGCAGUGCUAUAGUUUUUGUAUUCUUUGUAACCACUAAUAUUCGUGACUUGCAGCCAGGGAAAUAUGAGGGGGUGGAUAUUAUUGAAUGAAUAAUCAUCUAGAACUCUUCUAACACUAUACUUGUAGGUCUGCAGCAAUGAUAGCUCGCUAUCGCCCUCAUUGCAUCAUCAUAGCUAUAACCAAGUCAAAUCACACUGCUCGUUGCUUAAAUCUUCACCGUGGUAUAUUUGCAGUAUUACACACUGGUAAGUAUCAAGUACUGUUAGAUUUAUUCAUAUCUGUCACUUCUGACUUGAAUAUCAUGACUCGGACAAACCAUUGUUAACUGUGAAUUUCUGUAGCCUAUAUUAACUUAAAAGCACAAGCUAUUUCUGGGUCUGCAAAAUGUUGUAUUGUUUGUCCUUUCAGAUUUGUUUGUUUUUAAUUGGUAAAAUAUAUGCUUAUCAGUAUCCCUGACCUUAAAAUAUACACAUACCCACAAAUUGUAUUGCAAUUCUAAUUUUUUCAAUAUGGAUUUUUUUUUUCCUAUAAUAUUAUCAACAAAUUGUAUACAUGAAAAAGUUGUUUUUUUUUUGUUGUUUUUUUAAGUCUUCUUCUUCUUAUAUUUGAGGGGCCCACGAUCAAUUUGUUGAUCAUUCGGGCUCCUGGUUUAAAUUCAGAGUUUGCUAAGUAAAAGUAAAAGUAGAGCUAAAUAUUUUAAAUUUUCAAGAUGACUAAAUUUAUUUUUUUCUAUAUUUAAAUUUAAAUGGGCAUUGCAAGUACAGAAGCUCCUCAUUCCUGCCAAAGACAAUAGGGGACUGGAACAAGCUUCCAAAAGCAACAGUUGAGGCGGCUACACUCGAUACAUUUGUGUCUAUUGCCUCCUGUACUCCAACCCCCAGUUCAUAACACCACUGCUGAGUCGCCCUUGCAACCAGUGAAGUAUCCCAUUGAAACCCAUGGACAGUAACAUCGCAAACCUCUCUGAAACAUAGGAGCCAGAAUGAUCAAUUCAUUGAUCGUGGGCCCUUAAAAUAAAGAAGAAGAGAAGAAAUGCAUGUUGUGCCAAGAAGUCCCUUACCUGAAUUGAGAUUGUAUAAUAAAAGUUAAUCACUGUACCCUUAGACAGAUCCUCACCAAAGUUUAAGACAUUUAAGAGGACUAUAAAUAUUUUCCUAAAUGCUGUUGUUGUUUUUUUUAUUACAGGGGCCAGCUGUGACGAGUGGUACAUGGAUAUUGACAUGAGGAUACAUUAUGCCCUUUCCUUUGCCAGGGAGCGGGGAUAUGUUCGACACCGGGAUAGAGGUAAUAUUGUCACAGAUGGUUAAUUUUCAAUAACUGAAAUCUAAUUUAUGUCACAGAAUUGACAGAGAAAAUGUUUUUAUUUAAAAUUGUAAAACUACAUUACAAUUUUUAGGUUUGUUCAAUACUCAUUUUAAAAUUUAACAAAUUUCAAUUUGAAAAAUAUUUACACAAAAAUACCACUUCAUUGAAACUUCAUUUUUUUUUUUUUAAAUCCUCAGACAUAAAAAAAAAAUGUUUACACUCUAAUUUAAUCCUUUUUAAUGUGGAAAUUACUCUGUUUCCAAAUUAAUAACAUCUGAAUAGAUUGAACAGCGUUGUUGUUUUUUUUAAUUACCUUUUCAAUGCAUAGAAUUUGACACUAGAAGAGGCUCUGUCAACACCAUCAUGUCAUGCUUUUAGUGAAUAACAUCUAACAUAUCAUUUUAUUAAAAUUCCUCAUCACAUGAGAUUUAAGUCAAGAAAUAACUGGUUUUGUGAUAUCAUUCUUAGUCUUUGUUUCUCUGAAUCUACAGUUAUUAACAGUCUAAGCUUGACAUUAUGUCCUCUCAUACUCCUCCACCCCUUCCAACAGUUAACCUAGGCAUUUUGUGGUUUGAAAUUUUGAAUAAAAUUUAGCUUCUAUGUCAUGGUACAUCCUCCUCGAUUUUAUUCUCAGCCAUUCUUGUCACUGGUCAGCAGUCCGGACCUGGGUCCACCAAUACGGUAAGGAGUAUAACGGUCCCCCAUGAAAAUGAAAAGCCUCAUUACCUGAACACACCCCACACCCAGAAACACCUGGGCAUUGCAAGCUCUGAGGAUGAGGACAGCUGCAGUGGCGACGAGGGCACAGACAUUGUCAAGUUUCACUAAGAUGAUAUAGGCUGGAGAUGUCCCAGCGAGCAUGGUUGAGUGUUGAUGUUUGGUCAGAAAUCUCUCACACGUAUUACACAUCAUUGAUGCAGUUAAGUUAAAAAUGUGCUGUUUACUAUUUAUUUUUUUGAAGGCGGAUUGAUGAAGUUAUAAAUAUAAUACCUAGACGGAUUAGUCAAUAUGGAGGAUUAAAUUUUAACUUUUCCAUUGAAACCUUAAAUGCAUUCAUUUAGUUAUUAUAUCAUAUUUCGGGGGGAAAGAUUUAGCAUUUUGAGACUAAGCUAAUCAAAAUGUAACACUCUUGUAAAAUUAUGUGUCUUAAAAAUAGUAAAAAUCAAAAUUUUGAUUUCUUUAGGAAGUUACUCAACUUAAGUGGGGUUGUUUUUGUUUUGUUUUUUUAUUUAAAUUAUUGAAUUUUUUAUGGUUUUCAGAUGUAUUGGGACAAAUAUGGGAUGUUAAUGUCAAGUUUCAAUGAUAAUAAUAAAAAAAAAAUACUUAUUCAUUUAUAUAACUACUCAUGUGACUACAUUCAUUGAGUAACCCCCAUUGACUCAAAAUUAGAAUUGUUAAGACAUUAAGUAAUUAAAUGUUAUAAAUAUUAUCUAAAGAAUUAUGAAAAAACAAAUAAGUUUCUGACAGAAGUAAAUACUUAUUACUAGGCUACAUCAAAUUUAAAAGGUGUAGAGUUUUAUCCUUAAGUUUUCAUUUAAGCAGAUAAUUUUUCUGAAUAGUUUUGUGGGGUAUAUACCAGCAUAAGUUUCCGUUGGUUAAUUUUAAAAAUUUUUUUAUAGUUAUUUUGAUGUUAUUUCUUUCAGACCUAAUUUAUGUACUCAAGAGAAAUUUGACAUGUUUUUUUCCCAAAACUGGGCUGUCAGUGACUUUUUUCUCAAAACUGGACUGUCAGUGACUAAUGCUCAAAUGAGAAAAGCACUAAUGUACCUUAAUAUUGUUUUACUUUUAAAAUUUGUCUAAAUCAAAGACAUUCAUUUUAAUCUAUAAGGGUUUGACAUUUAAAAAAAAAAAAUUAAAAUUAUCACAACUCAUUAAAUUGUUUGAUGUUAUUUAGUAUUAUAUAAAAACUUGAAUAUUCACUACUCCAAGUCUUUGAAUAAAUUACUAAAAUUGUCCCUUAUUUCAAGUAAUUGUACUGCUGGUCGACUUAUAUUUGUACUUAAAUAAUCAACAGUACCUGCUCUUAAAUAGCAUAAGACAGACAUUUUUUUAAUAUGAGUGUAGUUAUUCAAUAGUUCUGUUUCAGACAAUUUUCAGCACUUCAAGAAUUUUUCACAAAUGACAAUAUCCCCAAAUGAUAAAAUCACAUCAAAAGAUAUUUACAAAGGGCACCAAUAAGACUGGGUAUUUGUGCUACAGUUAUGAUUGUUUAUGUUAAUCUUGAAUUGUUUGUUCUAUGCCUACCUUUUGUUGUUGUUUUAUUUCCUGUGUCACAUAAUUUAAUAGUGUUUAACUCGUGUAUUAUCAGCCAUGUCUUACUUAUUACUUCAGUAUCUAGAAAUGUUUCAUUAGGUUUAAAUGAUAAUUCAAAUAGCUUGUUAAAUAAUUAUUUUUUUUCUUACUGAAUUUGUAAAAAAAAAAAAAUGUACUGUACUAUUAGGGGUGGUUUAUUGUAAAAAAAAUUUUAAACUAUUAUUCAAAUCUGUAUUUCUUAUUUUUCACUCAUAAAACCAAUUAUCCAAUGAUUUAAACACAUUUCACUGUUUUGCUAAUCAUCCUUAACAUCAAUGGAUUUCUGAAGUGCAUAAUUUUCUUGCCAAUGAAUUUUUGCAUGAUUAAAGAUCAACUUUUUAUGUUUUUUGUUUUGCCAACUGAAUUGAUGUCUAGUUAUUUUGCUCACUGUUUAUUUCAUUGCUGGCAUUCUCUUUAGACACUAAAUCAGUAAUUUUAUUUGGUUAAAAGUGUUAACAUUUUACAAAGAGUGUGCGAAGAAAAACUAAAUGCCUUACUCUACAUUUUAUAACAUCAUAAAUUGAGAAGUUGCUAGAAAUUAAAACACUUAUUUUGUAAAACUAGAAUUAAGUUGUUUUUUUAAAAAAGCUAUUGCUUUUACAUGUUUCACCAUCCACUUUUGUCCAUUUUCAUGGGGACGCAAUUUAUGAAUUUACAACAUUUAAAUUUUCGACAGGAUAUUUAUACUUUUUAUUUGAUCUUAAACCAUGACAAUAUUUAUUCUUUAAUUUAACUUUUGAAGAAAAAAAAAGAUGAUUUUUUUUUGUAUUUUAAAAUUUUUCAAAAUACAAAUCAUUUUAAUUUUGAAACAAAAAAAAAUGCUGAUAGCAUAGAUGAUUACUAGAAGCAGGCCAUAUAGGAUCUUCCACAGUUAUUCUCCCCCCCCCCCUACCUUUUCAAUAUAUGCUUCUUUAUGUUUCAUAUACUUCCAUAUAUUUAUUUUUAAUACAGUUCAAAGAUCUCAUUAGAUUUACAAGUAUGCCUAUACUUUAAAUUAGUUAUUCCUAAUCUAGUUAAUUUUGACCCCUCAUGAAGCAACCAAAACAUUCCUUAAUUGUUUAACUUCACUACAAGGCAACAUAAAAUGUGAGUGCACUAAUCGGCAUAGUCGUUGGUUUGUGCAUUUAAUUAAAUUUAAUGAAAAGAUACAAUGCUCCUAUGACAACUUCAAUAUUCACAAAAUGUUUUAGCAAAACCUUUUGAAGCUACUAAAAAUAUUUUAAGUUUGUGUUUUCUUAGCCUUGGUUCCCCUUUCUAUAUAGUCCCUUUGGCAGCAAUGAUUUCCUCAUAUUACUGUCUGCCAUUCCUUUUAUAACCUGUUAAAGUCUGAUACUCCAAUAUUUCUUUAGGUUCUUUUGAAAAAUCUCCCUACAAGUCUUCCAAGGCCAUUCUUACUUCCUCUUUUCCUCUUUCCCUUUGACUGCAUCCAGUGUAUGACAGUUUAAGUUAUUUACUGAUGUCGCAGGAGUAUGAUGUGCAUUGAAGAGCAUAUUUUGAGAGCAAAAAUAGUCUGACAAUAUAGCUAGCUUGAGACCCCUAAAUUUAAAAGACCACAAAAAUGUCUGGUUUUUUCUAUUCUUAAUACUAUUUUUAAUUAUAUAUUUUUAUUUUCUCGAUUUAUAUUAUUGCAUGGAAUU